AUGACGUCGACAUCUCCAAACCGCCCUAGCAUAGUAGGCAGCGACUCGGGCCCAUCAUCACCAUUCCCAUUAUUCUUUAAAGGCCCCGUAGUCAAGGGAUUUCAGCGUGGGAGUCGUGAAUUGGGCAUUCCAACUGCAAAUCUCCCAGAAUCAGAAGCCGAGAUAGCAGGCAAAGUUAUCGAUUCCGGUAUCUACUACGGUCUAGCUUCACUAGAUGCUGAAUCAACCGUAUACCCGAUGGUGAUGAGUUUUGGUUGGAAUCCUUAUUACAAGAAUGUCAAGAGGACUAUGGAAGUGCACAUAAUGCACAAAUUCCCUCAGGAUUUCUAUGAUCGAGAAAUGAGAAUCAUUAUAUUGGGACAUAUUCGGCCAGAGCAGGAUUAUAGUGGCAUCGACGCCUUGUUGGAGGACAUCAACUUUGAUAUCCAAGUCGCACACAACUGUUUAGCUCGACCUGCGUAUGCUGCUUACAAGGAGAAUACCUUCUUGAAGCCAUCAUCGAGGCUAUGA